UACUUAAACCACUAACCUACCACCACAGAAAAGUAAAAGAUACAACUAUCUAAUAAUUAUUGGACACAGGUUAAAGUUCUGAGUAUUUGAUAUUAGAACAAUAACCAUGCCAUCAGUUUUACAAUCGCAAAAUGGUUCUGGUACUGUUUCUGGUUCUAAUGGCCAUUAUUUAAAUGGAUCUCAUCCGACUCACGAGUCAGUUACAACAGUUGCAAAUGUUUCAUUUGUUAAUGAUCCACAAUUAUUUAUAUAUAAUGCCAUUGAAUUAUCCCAAGAUCUCUUUACAAAACUUUUUGGAACUGAUUUCGAACUGACUUCUGGCGAUAAUUUUGUCUUAAUAAAAUUAUUAGGUUCCCCGGAUUAUUUCACUAGUUUCAAAAUAUUUAAAGUAUCAAGUAUAAAUAAUCGUACAACCAAUUUAAUUAGUUUUAUAAAUAAUUCAAAUUUAUCUAGAUUUCCCAUCGAUAAAUUAACUUUGAAUUCUGCCACUAUAAAAUCUAUAAAUAUUCAUGAUAUCCCUACUUUAUCACAAAUUUAUGUUUCUUUACCAAAUGAAAUUUAUCGAUUAAUAACUGAAAAAUCAAAUCAAACUAUUAAACAUUUAUUCUUGAAUCAGUAUUUGUUGGAUAGUGGUAAUGUUAUAAAUGAUAAUGAUACAAUUAGAUUAAUUAAUGGGAAAGUUAAACUUUGUGAACCAUUAUCUCAAGGAUUAGUUAAUAAUGAUACUAAUAUUGUUUUAAUUAAUCAAGAUGAUGAUAUUGAACAUGAAUUAAUUCAAUUUGAAGAAUCCAAUGAUGAAUCUGAUGAAGAAUAUAAACUUGGGGAUAGUGAAUUUUAUUCCCGAUUAGAGACAGAAUUAGAUUUAUCUACAUAUUUACAAUCUAAUUUACACUUUAAUCCAAUUCUGUCAGCUAUAUCUUCAACACCAACUAAUUUACAUAAAUUUCGAGUUAAUUCAUUACCUGAAAGAUUAACUAUUGAACAAUUACCUUUAAAUUGGGAAAAUGAAGAUUCAGAAUUAUUUGUAUUUAUAAAUACUUCAGAUUUAGUUAAAUUAAACUUUGCUGUAUUUAAUGGAGAUUUAAUUAAAUUAAAUUAUAUGAAUACUAAUAAUCAUGAAGAUUCAGUUAUAAUUAGAAUCUUUACAUUCAUAGAACCAAAUAAAUCAUUUUCAUUAAAUCAUGUUUAUUUAUCACCUAUAUUAUUAGUUAAUUUAGGAUUAAAUUCUCAAUCAAGAGUAACAUUUGAAUCAAUUGAAAAAUCAUCUGAUUCAUUAAAUGAUACAUUACCAAUAGCAGAUUCAGUAACUAUAUCAAGAGUUUGUUCUCAAAUAACUAUGGAUAAAACUUUUCAAAGAAAUUUCUUUUCUAGUUUAAAAACAAGUUUAUCAAAUCAAUUUAAAUGUGUUAAACAAGGAGAUUUCUUUCCUGUUGUUUUAGAUUCGGUAUUAUCUAAAACCAUAUUUGAUCAUAUUAAUGAUUCAAAUAAUAGUAAUACUGGAAGUAAUGAUGAUAAUGCUACCGAUGAUAUUGCCACUAAUGAUGGAUUAGAUGUUCUCCCUAUUGGAGAUCCUGAUUCUGUAGCUUGGUUUAGAAUUGUUGAAAUAAAUGGUAAACAAUCCAUUACAAAUCAAUAUAUUAUUGAUCCUUCAAAGACUUUAUUAGUAUCUUCAGGAGUAGAAUUUGUAAAAUUACCUCCAAAUGAAUUUUAUCAAUGGUAUCCCUACCUUAAUUUACCACCAUUAUUUAAUUAUAAUUUAGUUUCUAAAGAUUUUAAAUAUGCUAAAGAUUUUAAGAAAAUCUUACAAACUUGUUUAAAUUCCAAGAUUAAUCUUAAAACUACUAUAUUAUUAAAUUCAUUAUCUCGAGGUAUUGGUAAAACCAAUUUAGUUCGAAAUAUGAGUUAUGAAUUAGGAUUAAAUUUAAUUGAAUUAGAUUGUAUAGAUAUAAUUAAUUCUGGACAAGAAUUAAAGACAGUUGGAGUUUUAAGUGGUAAAAUUGAUAAAUUAUUAGUAAAUCAACCAACUAAUACAUUUAAUGCAAAUAAUAAUAAUUCAUAUAAUUUAAUUUAUUUAAAACAUAUUGAAUCAUUAUGUCCAUCAAGUGAUGAUAAUGAUCAAAAUUCAUCAAUUAAUACUUCUUUAUCAUUAAAAAUUAUUCAAUUAUUACAAGAAUAUCUUAAUAAAUAUUCAAAUUUAAUUAUAGUAAUGAGUUGUAAUAAUUAUGAAAAAUUAAAUGAUAAUAUAAAAUCUUUAAUUAAAUUUAAUAUUGAAUUUACUGUUCCAAGUGAACAAGAAAGAUUACAAAUAUUUAAAUUUUUAAUUAAUAAAGAAAAGAAACAAUCAUGGACAAAUAUUGAUAAUAAUCAAGAUAUUAAUGAUUAUUCAUUUAUAAUUAGAAAAGAUAUAAAUUAUAAUACACUUGCUUUACAAUCUGCUGGAUUAACUCCUCGUGAUUUAAUUUCAAUUAUUAAGAAAUCAAAAAAAUCUGCCAUUAAAAGAUUAACUAAAUUAUCUAAAGAAUUAAAUAUUAAACUUUCUAAUCUUAUAAAUAUAGGAGAUGGAGGUAUUAUAACUUGGAUUCCAGAAGAUUUUAAUCAAGCUAUUAAUGAAGCUCGUAAUCAAUUUAGUGAUUCUAUUGGAGCUCCAAGAAUUCCUAAUGUAAAGUGGGAAGAUAUUGGAGGUUUAGAUUUAGUUAAAGAUGAAAUCUUAGAUACAAUUGAUAUGCCAUUAAAACAUCCAGAACUUUUUAAUAAUGGUUUAAAGAAAAGAAGUGGAAUUUUAUUUUAUGGACCUCCAGGUACUGGUAAAACAUUAUUAGCUAAAGCAAUUGCUACUAAUUUUUCAUUAAAUUUCUUUAGUGUUAAAGGUCCAGAAUUAUUAAAUAUGUAUAUUGGAGAAUCUGAAGCUAAUGUUCGUAGAGUAUUUCAAAGAGCUAGAGAUGCUAAACCAUGUGUUAUUUUCUUUGAUGAAUUAGAUUCUGUUGCACCUAAAAGAGGUAAUCAAGGUGAUUCUGGUGGAGUUAUGGAUAGAAUUGUUUCUCAAUUAUUAGCUGAAUUAGAUGGAAUGAGUAGUGAAGGAGGUGAUGGAGUAUUUGUAGUUGGAGCAACUAAUAGACCAGAUUUAUUAGAUGAAGCAUUAUUAAGACCAGGAAGAUUUGAUAAAAUGUUAUAUUUAGGAAUUUCAGAUACUAAUGAUAAACAAACUAAGAUUUUAGAAGCAUUAACUAGAAAAUUUAAAUUAGAUGAUGAUGUUAGUUUAGAAAAAAUUGCUGAGAAAUGUUCAUUUACAUUUACAGGAGCUGAUUUUUAUGCAUUAUGUUCUGAUUCAAUGUUAAAUGCUAUGACAAGAGUUGCAAAUGAAGUUGAUAGUAAGAUUAAAGAAUUUAAUAGAAAUUUAGAAUCUGAAGGUAAAGAAACUAUAUCCACUAGAUGGUGGUUUGAUAAUAUUAGUACUGAAAAUGAUGUGAAUGUGUUAGUUAAAAUGCAGGACUUUGAAAAGGCUCAACAAGAAUUAAUUCCUUCUGUUAGUGCAGAAGAAUUACAACAUUACUUGAGAGUUCGACAAAACUUUGAAGGUAAUAAAGAAAAAGCUGCCAAUAACAAUAAUAACAAUACCCAACCAGUUGAAUCCAAUGGAUUUUCUAAUGGAACAGCCAAUGGAGUAGCCAAUGGAAGUGAAGAACACAUUUCCAUUGAUUUUAGUAAUAGUAAUGAGAAUUAG